AUGAAAGUUGAUGGCACCGUUGAUAAGUAUAAAGCUCGUUUGGUAGCUAAAGGCUACAGACACAGGGAGAAUGUUGAUUUCUUUGAUACCUAUUCACCUGUAACUAGAGUAACUUCUAUUAGAGUGCUAAUGUCUCUUGCUUCUGUUUAUAAUCUUGUAGUGCAUCAGAUGGAUUUUGACAUGAAAGAUCUAGGGGAGGCAAAUGUAAUCCUUGGGAUUAAGAUUACUAGGACAGAAAAUGGAGUUUCUUUGGAUCAAUUUCAUUACAUUGAAAAAAUCCUAAAGAAAUAUGGUUACUUUGACUGUAAACCUGCAAGCACACCUUAUGACCCCAGUGUAAAAUUAUUUAAGAACACUGGUAAUGCCGUUAGAGGACCGAACCUAGGGUUACAUUAUGAAAGGUUUCCAGCUGUUCUAGAAGGCUAUAGUGAUGCUGACUGGAACACCUUAUCAGAUGACUCUAAAGCUACUAGGGGAUAUAUUUUCUCUAUAGCCGGUGGAGUUUUAUCUUGGAAGUCUAAGAAACAAACUAUUUUAGCUCAGUCCACCAUGGAGUAA